CUAAUUAGUUUUUAUGUUUUAGGAGGCUAUGAAAAUGACAUGUAAUAGAUUAUAAUACAACUGCUAUUCGGAAAAAAUUUGAGCCAUUUUCGUUCCGGCAUGAUGAUGGGCUUUUGGAAUUAUGCCUCGUCGGGUUCUACCGACGUAAAACAAGCGGAGCUAAUAGAGGGAAUAAGCAAUGAAGUCUUAGCGUUCGUAUUUACGGCAUUCGUUGGUAUUGUUUCCGUGACUUCAUUGAUGUACAAAUGUUUUGCCAGAGCCGUUAACCCUCAAUUGCACCCGGAUUCGAUGGAACACGUCGAGAUGACUCGUAGCGCCCGAAAUAUGGAUGGAGGAGAAAAUUCAAGUCGAACUCAGGGAGCUUUUGGGAGAUUAAACAGCGAGUCCUGUCCCAUAUGUCUUGUGCCUUUUCGCAAUGCCGAUCCAGACUCUUCUUCCAUGCCUGGAUUGGCAGUCGAAACCAAUUGCGGUCACCUUUUCUGUUCUGAAUGUUUGUUAAGGUUCCACGAAGUGUCAACAGUGAUAAGUGCAUUGAAUUGUCCUGUGUGCAGGCAGCAAGUGACCCUUCUUAUGUGGGACAGGUCAACGCCUCUAGACAGACUCAGCGAGCAGCAACGAAGACAGGUAUCAUCCAUACAGACAUACAACAGACGAUUCUCAGGUCAGCCUAGAUCUUUGAUUGACAUUCUUCGAGACAUGCCCAUUCUGAUUAGACACUUCAUUCGCAAUCUUUUCUCAGUUACAGGAAUCAGACUUCUUUUUAGAUUUCGCAGCUUUGUGUUCAUUUCUACCUGCCUCAUAUAUAUAAUUCUUCCUCUAGACUUGCUACCAGAAGCAUUAUUUGGCAUUCUAGGCUUAGUCGAUGAUAUAUUUAUUAUUCUAUGUGCCAUAACUUGGAUUUCAAUCCAGUAUCGUAACCAGAUCUUAAAUGAUGGACACUAAUACAAUGCUUUAACUCAGUGUGAAAUAAAUUCUUACCUAUUUAUUAUUGCUACAUAUCAUUAUGCACAGCUGUUCUUUUAUUGAAUUCAUUUUCCUUGAUUUA